AUGUUAUCACUUCAGUCAGUUUUCUAGUAUUCCUGUAACUGAUUACUUUUUCCCAAGAGUAGGAAUUUGUGUACAAUCACAUUCCAAGAGUGUCUCCUUCGCUCAUUCACGUAAUGUGUUGUUGUUUUUGUCACGUGUCGGUAUUUGUCUACAUUGAAGGACAUCCGUAAUCUGACGUUAUUCUCGUCAACCUCGGUCCACGAGCUAGAACAAAGUGGGUAUUCGCGAAUUCGAUGCUCGAGGUGAAAUUUCGGUGAAAUUCCUGAAUGUUUUUGGUCUCCAUAUUUUGGAGAAGCGACAACCGUUUGUUGAAAUCAUUCCCACGGAGUGUGAUUAGCAAUUUCAAGCAAGUGUUACAUCAGUGUGUUGUGAUUAGAAAACAAGUGAAUUUUCUGGUGCCUAUUUGAUUCUUUUUUAGCAUAACUGUUUCAAAACACUACGCAAGUGAACGACACUUAUUGACAGUCUAGUUUGUUGAGUCAUGCUUGCUUUUCGACAAGCGUGGUAGAUUGUACGGAAAUAAAUAUUUUGCGAACAAUCUGUAUUGUGACAUUAAAAACGGAAUAAAGAAUUCAUCUCUAGAAUCUAUCAGCAGUAUCAUAAUCUGGUACCAUGGGUGACUUUGGCAAAGACUUUUUCCUAGACCCAGGAAUCUCAAUCAAACAGGAACCUCUAGUGAAUGACUCCACUGUCAUGAACAUGUCUGCCAGCGUUCCUAUCCCCCCAAGAAGAGAUCUCAACGAUUACAGAAGUUUUGACAUCGACUUCGAGAACUCCCAGUCCCCUCUCUACACUGACAUAGGUUUCACAGCUCAAAUUCAGACACCUGAAAUUUAUGAUAUGGGCAAUUCCUGGAAUUUGAACCGGUUGAUCAAUAAUGACGAAAUGUUGAAAUCGGAGUCGUACAUUAACAUGGACGAAGAUGAUAUUUUUCAAGUUGAUAAGGCUGAUCUGAUACAGGGACCUACUUUAGCUGAAUUGAAUGCCAAUGAUGAGAACUUUUUAGGUGACUUGAACUUUGAUGACUUACUACUUCCUGAAGAAAGUACCUACAUCAUUUUGGAGAAAAGCCACAGCCUGACUCCGAAUCAUCUUAUAAAUAAUAACCAGAAUUCUUGCCCAUCUCAGAGUAUUUCUCAAAAAGAUUUGGAUUUACCUUCCAGUGUUCCUACAGGUACUUUUGACUACUACAAGUAUAAAACAUCCGUCGCCUUCUCUCCCGAAAGUCAGAAUAGUUCCAGUUCCUCCCUCGUCCAAUCUUUAUCAUCUCCACCGAACGUGUCGAGUUUUCAAAGGAAACACAGCACUCUGCACGAACUUUUGGUAAAGAGCGAGCCCUAUGGGUCUCCAACUGAUUCAGCAUUAGGACAGUCUUUCCCGGAAAGGAAUACCAUGGCACAUGGACACAGUCUCAGGAUUGGAAGGGGUCAGGCAUCAAGGCUAUCAUCUUCAGCUCCCACUCAUCUAGGCAUUGAUCAAAUAUGGCAAAGGCGAGAACCAAGAAAACACUUAUUAUCUACAAGCUCAUUAGCUGAAGCUGGUUCAACUUCUUCUCUGUCGACUGGUGGUGUAUUGAGUCCAGAUCCUCCUGAUUUUUCUCCUGAUGAAGAAAGUGAUGAAGAUAGUGAUGCACAUUAUGAAGAUUUUUCUACAGAUAAUGAUUCAGAUGAUGACGACGAUAGGCCUAACAGGAAUUCGACCUCCAAAAGAGAACGUUACUUUUGGCAAUAUAAUGUCCAAGCUAAAGGUCCAAAAGGACAACGUCUAGUCAUGAAAUCCAAACUGGAAGAUCCCCACCGCCUCAACCAGGUGACUGAUCCAGUUUUCAGUCCUGAUUGUUCAGUGAGGGGUAUUAAACAUAGUGGAAAAGCUAGGAAAGGUGAUGGUAACGAUUUAACUCCAAAUGCCAGAAAACUACACAUAAUAGGCAAAGAACUAGACAAACUGGGACGAAUAAUUAAUGAUAUGACUCCUGUCAGUGAAUUGCCAUUCAACGUGAGGCCUACAUCUAGGAAAGAGAAGAACAAACUGGCAUCAAGGGCUUGCAGGUUAAAGAAAAAGGCUCAACACGAGGCCAAUAAAAUCAAGUUGAGCGGUUUGGAAUAUGAACAUAAACGGCUCCUUAGCGGUAUAGCUCAAGCGAAAUUGAUUCUGCGGGCAAAACUGACAGAACAUUCUCAAGAAAGACAAGAAGAAUUGACAGCUAAUUUGGAAAAAGUUAUUAAAGCUUCUACAAAGGUACGAAUUGCCGGAUUCACAACUGAACAUGUGAAUAGGAUUCUGGAAAAGAUGAAAGCUGGAGGAAAUUCUACGGGAAUCGCAGAUGAUUUAUAGGUUACCGGAUUGUAAAUCUAGGAAAGAAAUCUCAUCGUGCAUUUUUGUGGUGAAUCGAGAUUUGUAGAGGAUAUUUCUAUUUUUCGUCGAGAAAUUAAUAUUUUAAGUUCCCACUUCAUCCGUGACUAAACAACUCAUAGAAAAUAAUGUACCUUCUAUUUAAUGGUGAAGCAAACAAUCGUGAUCCAAUUUUCGAUAGAUACUAGUGAUUACUAUUAAAUUACAAUGGUCGCUU